AUGGACCCAGAUUUCAGCAUAGUUGGCUUUUCUAACGGCAUUUACUGCCUAGCUAGUUAUGACAGAGAUCGUAGUGAUAUUAUAUAUUUGUGGAACCCAAACAUUAGAAAGUUGAAGAAGCUUAAACUAGCUACUCCCUGUCCUGACAAGUACAGUUAUGUUGGUUUUGGGUUUGUAUUUGAUUCUCAAAACGAUUACUUCAAGAUUCUGAGACUUGUGGCUGCUUGUAAUGACAUUGGUGUGGUUUCAAUUUAUCCGGAGAGUCUAAAUCAGAACAUUCUUGCAAUUAAAGAUGCUAAUUGGUUGGCUUACAUAGCUAAUUCAGUAGAGAGCUUGAUUUUACUUGAUGACGACAUUAAGUUCCAGGGAGUUGGUAGGUACUACAAGGAUGAAUUGAGGAGAUGA